AACUGGAAAUUCGUCUGCUCACUCACAGUCACAAGUCAACAACAUUUCAACACCUCACCCAUCACUUAGCAGUUAGCAGUUACUUUCAGUUCAAAUAAGAUUACUUUGCACUCUAAACCUAUUUAUAGCAUUUCCGACACGGCAACAACUACAGCGCACUUUUUGUCACCAAUAUCACCAAUAACCGCCUUCUUCAUCUUAUUGAAUAACUGUAUGUUUUUUUUAGAAUACUAUGGAGAUGUGUAAAAAUUAUCUUACGGCUGCAGCCAACUUGAAAAUUGAGGGCAUAGUUAAUGAUAUCAACAGCGGUGAUGAAAACGAAAUAAUUACUGCACUCCGUGCACUUAAGAUUUUCACCAAGAAAUGUUAUUGGGGCAAAAGAGGCAUCCAUAUCAAUGCAGAUUAUUCAAAUGUUAUUCCCAAGCUGGUUCAAUUCCUCAGUAGUGUCGACAAACCUGAUCUUCAGAUGGAUUCAGCCGAGGUUCUCACCAACAUUGCGUCAGGCACAUCUGAUCAGGCCAAAGCAGUUGUCAGUGCUGGGGCUGUGGCUGGGAUCAUUUCUAUGGCGUGUUCACUUGAUCCACGUGUGGCUGAGAGUGCUGGUUGUGAUCUCGCAUGGCUUGCCUCAAAAAGACAAGAGCUAUGUGAGGAAAUCAUCAAGCCGUUGCUAAUGUUGAUUAAACCCGACUCUCCAGUUACAUUAUUGCAAAGAGUCAUAUACGCUUUGAUCACCUUUUGUCAAUUUAUCAAUAUAAAUCCACCCACUUUCAUUCUUCCCGCCCUGGCCCACAGUCCACCCACUUUCAUUCUUCCCGCCCUGGCCCACCUUCUCCACCACAACGACGAGACGAUCAUCACCGAUGCUUGCCAUGCUUUUAUUUAUUUUCAAGGCUCCGACGAAGUAAUUCAAGAAGUUGUCAACGCCGGAGUCGUCCCUCGGCUCGUCGCUCUAUUGCAAGACAGAGAAGUUGCCAUCGUCCCCUGUCCGAAUCAUUGCGCGAUCUUCUCCAUUUUGAGAACUAUCGGCAAUAUUACUUCAGGCACAUUUGAUCAAGCCAAAGCUGUUGUAAGUGCUGGGGCUGUUACUCCCUUAAUUUCUUUUUUGGGUUCACAUCGAGAUGUGGCCGAGGAAGCUCUAUUUGCUCUCAGUAAUAUUGCCGGUUUUGGACCAGAGCUUAGAAAUUGUGUUUUCGAGCAAGGCAUCAAUAGGCCUUUGCUCUCAUUGAUUAAACCCGACAGUCCAGACAUAAAAUUAUUGCGCAUGGUCACUUGGACUUUGUGCAGCUUAUGUCAUAGUCAUGAGGAGAGUCCACUUACUGUCCCUGUCAUUCAACAGCUUCUUACCGGCCUGGCCCAUCUUAGCCACCACAACAACGACGAUGAAAUUCUCACCGCCGCUUGCAAGGCUCUUUCGAACCUCGAGAUGAACAUCGUUGAGAACAAGAAGGCAGCCGCAAUCGAAUCUGACAUUACUGCCCUCAAUGCCUUAAGUUCCAAAACGCUGGCUAUACUGGAGCGGUACUUAUUCCCCACAGAAUUGUCCAAUGGAGAGUCCAAGUUGGCGCCAUCAACAUCGUAGAUAGAGUGGCAAUUACGAAUUCAGAAACCAGCCAUCUCAAGCCCCCUGAAGGUUUCUCAUUCAAAAUAUUUAAUUUAGAACUAAAAUUCUAUUUCUAUUCUAAAAUCAAUUUAUUUUUUUAAUUUAAACCUCAAAUUAGUUUUUAUGCAUGAGAAUUUGUAUGUAUUGUUCACUUCCUUCAACGCUAUCUUCAUCAUAAGUUUUGGCCUUUUAAAGUUUCAUUUCCCACAUUGCAUUUAAAUCGCAAGUUGCCAUUUGCUUUCAUUCAUGUCCAUGCACGAUCUUCUUUCCUCUUUCUCAAUGCGCGAUAAACGAGCAAUACAAAACAACUCGAUCAAC